AUGGCCGGGGGCCGGAGGUGCCGCCGCCGCCCGGCCCUGCCCGCAGCCCUGCCCGCAGCCCUGGGGCUCUGCCUGUCCCUCUGCCUGCUGCUGCCGCCGCCCGCCGCCGCCUGGAGCCCGGCCCUGCUGCCGCCCGCCGCCCGCAGCAACUGGUGCUCCUACACGGUGACACGGACGGUGUCGUGCCACGUCCAGAACGGCACCUUCCUCCAGAGGGUCUUCCAGGGCUGCCGCUGGCCCCUGGCCUGCAGUGGGGGCAGCUACCGCGCCGUGGUGCGGCCCCUCUACAGGGUGACCUACAGGACACUGACGGCGCUGGAGUGGCGCUGCUGCCCCGGACACGCCGGCGUCAACUGCGAGGAAGAGGCUCACACCUCCCUCACCCUGCGGGACGCCGGGCGCCCCAGCGCCGCCCCCCGCCGGCCCCCCCUGCACCCCACGGCCUUCUCAGGGUGCCUGAACUGCAGCCGUGUCGGGGAGCUGACAGCCCGGCUCGCCUCCCUCGAGGCACAGGUGGCCCGGCUGGCGGUGGCCGAGCCCCCCGUGCCCGCAGCGCCCAAAGGCAGCAGCCCGGGCAGGGGGCCCGAGGCCGGGCAGCUCUGGGGGUCCCCGGCCGCCCGCGGGAGCCCCGGGGAUGACGGGAGACCCGGCUGGAGGGGACCCCCCGGCCCCAAGGGCGACGCGGGAGGACGGGGACCCUCAGGAAUUCCUGGAGUGAAGGGUCCGGCGGGGCCACCAGGUCCCCCCGGCCCCCCAGGACCACCCGGCCGGGAUGGAGCCAGGGGGCUCCCUGGAGAGAAGGGAUCCCCCGGGCCCCCCGGCCCCCCGGGCCCCCCUGCCCCUGUGGGGCCGGCGAUUCCCCGGCUGGCCGAGCCCAGGGAUCCCAUCCUCUCCAACACCUUCACCGAAGCCACCAGGAGCAUCAUGGGUCCCAUGGGACCCCCCGGACCCGUGGGGCCGAUGGGUCCCCCCGGCCCCCCAGGUCCCAUUGGUCCCCCCGGGCCUCCAGGACCCGAUGGCAGGGCAGGAGCGCCCGGAGCCGCCGGGCCCCCCGGGGAGAAGGGGGACAGGGGUCCCCAGGGCCACCCGGGCAGCCGCGGGCAGGACGGGGCGCAGGGCGAGCCGGGCCCCCGGGGCGAGCCGGGCGAGAGGGGCACUUGGGCCAGUAGCUUCCAAACCCUCCUGCGGCAGCAGGCCCGGCUGGAGGUCCUGGCUAGAAGGGUCACCUUGCUGGAAGCCAUCAUCUGGCCAGAGCCAGAGCCCGGCUCGGGCAGCGGUGCCCCCGGCACGGCGACCCCCGGGGUGCCCCGUGGCAAGCGUGGCAGCGGCCGCCCCCCGUACCGCAUCGUCACCGCCCCCCGCCGCGCCCCCCCCGAGCCGUGACGGGGGCGUCACCCCGGCCACCCCGCCGUGCCACCCUGGGGAGCAGGAUGGGGUCACCCCCGUCCCCCCUCUUGGUGCUACUGGUGGCACGGCACCGCCCCCCGCACGACGCUUCGCCCCCA